GCGGCACCGGGGCAGCGGCGUCGGUACCGGGGCCUGCCCAGCCCAGCCCGGCUCGGAGCGGCUCGGGCCGGGCCCCCCCGGGCGGGAUGAACCGGCGGCGGGGGCUCUGCGCGGGGCUCUACUGGCUGCUGCUGCCGCUCGCUCUGCUCGCCGCCUGCCUGUUCCGCUACAACGCCCUGUCCCUGGUGUACCUGCUCUUCCUGCUGCUCCUGCCCUGGUUCCCGGGGCCCUCCCCGCGCUUCACCACAGGUCACACCAGCCGCAUCAUCAAAGCCCUGCUGGGCACCAGCAUCCUCUUCCUCCUGGCCCAGCUGGUUUUCCAGAUAUGCCUCUACACGCUGCCCCUCCUGGAGCAGCUGCUGGAGCCCAACUGCAGCUCCUGGGAGGUCCUUGCUCGCCACAUUGGGAUCACCAGGCUGGAUCUGAGGGACAUUCCCAACUCGGUGAGGCUGGUGGCACCCGACGUUGGCAUCCUGCUGGUGUCGUCCCUGUCCCUGUGCCUGUGCAGCCGCCUGGGCCGUGCCAGCUCCAGAGGGGAUCCCGAGUCCCUGGAGAGCUCUGAGUGGAGGGAGGAAAGGGAUGCGGGGCGGCAGCGGCGUGCAGCACCCAGGGAGACGCGGCUGCGGAACAGGCUGAGGGACAAAGCUCACUCCCUGCUCUGGGAGGCUGGCAAAGGCAUGGCCAUCCUGCUGCUGGCCCUGGCAGGGAUCAUCCUGCCCUCCGCCUCCUCCAGCGUCUACUUCCUGCUCUUCAUGGGGCUGUGCACAUGGUGGGCCUGUCACCUCCCCACCAGCCACCGGGUCUUCAACGCCUUCUGCGUCCUCGUGGGCAUCUACAGCGCCUGCCACCUGCUCUGCCUCUAUGCCUACCAGACCCCCUUCGUCCAGGGGGUCUUCCCACCGCCCACCAUCUGGGCACGGGUGUUUGGCUUCAAGGACAUCAUCCUGUACUACAACUGCUCCCAGCCCAACACCCUGGAGCUCAACAGCAGCUACCCCUGGUUUGUCUACACCAACCCUGGCAUCCUGCUGCUGCUCUACUACACCGUGGCCACCCUGGUGAAGCUGCGCUGGCGGGAGGCCAAGAGAGGUGUGGCACCGGCACGGCCCAGGGACCUGGUGGAGCUGGAGAGUUGGCCCCAGGACGCCGACCGCGUGGCCGAGGACACCAAGCCCAUGCUGUGCCCCAACACCGGGAAACCGAGUGCCAGCAACGAGAACUGCACCGUCCACACCUUGAGCGCACGCAGGAGGCAUCCUGCGCUGUGGCUGCCCCUGCACGCCCUGGGCCACGUCCUCAUGAAGCAGAGCUACGUGUCCGCCCUCAUCGCCAUGAUGGUGUGGAGCAUCACCUACCACAGCUGGCUGACCUUCGUGCUGCUGCUCUGGGCGUGCCUGAUCUGGACGGUGCGGAGCCGGCGGCACUUCGCCAUGCUGUGCUCGCCCUUCCUGGUGCUCUACGGCAUCGCCCUGUGCAGCCUGCAGUACGUGUGGGCCAUGGACGUGGUGCCCGAGCUGCCCACCCACAUCAGCUUCCUGCGGCUGCAGCCGCUGGGGCUGGUGCACCACAGCUACCCCUGCAUUGCCCUGGGUGCCAAGCUCCUGUUCACCCUCACCUUCUGGAUGCUGCUGCGGCGCUUCGUUACCGAGAAGGUGCUAACGAGGAGAGCCCCGGCCACGCCGCUGCUGGAGGUGUCCACCAGUGACACGGAUACCAGCCAGAUGCGGGACGUGCUGCACAAGCUGGGGGAGGUGGUGAGGAACUUCUUUGCCAAGUUCUGGUUCUUCAUCUGCGCCGCCAAGUUCAUCGUGGUGACCUUCGCCGGCCGCCUCGUCGUCUACAAGAUUGUCUACAUGCUCCUCUUCCUCCUCUGCCUCAUCCUGUUCCAGGUGUACUACAGCCUGUGGCGCAAGGUGCUCAAGGGUUUCUGGUGGCUGGUGGUGGCCUACACCAUGCUGGUGCUCAUCGCCACCUACACCUACCAGUUCGAGGACUUCCCCAUGUACUGGAGGAACCUGACAGGCCUCACUGAUGAGCAGCUGAGCGACAUGGGCCUGGAGCAGUUCAGCGUCUCCAAGCUCUUCUCCAGCAUCCUCCUGAUGGGUUUCUUCCUGCUGGCCUGCAUCCUCCAGCUCCACUACUUCCACGAGCCCUUCAUGCUCCUCACCGACCUGCAGCACGUCCGCCCCGUCUCUCCAGCCCCCUGCCACAUCCCCAGGUCGGAGGAGCUGCACGGGAGCCGCCUGCUGCGGGACGCGGCCGCGGCCGAGACCGCCCAGCCCCGGGACCCGGACAGCGCCUCGCUGGUGUCCAACAAAUGGGGGCUGGUGCUGGAGCGCCUGGUGGUGCUGGGCCGGACCUUCUCGGACACGAUGACGCGCGGGGAGGUGUUCAUGAGGCGCCUGCUGGAGCUCCACGUCCUCAAGCUGGUGGCUCUCUACACCGUCUGGGUGGCCCUGGAGGAGGUCUCGGUGAUGAACUUCUUGCUGGUGCUGCUGUGGGCCUUGGCCAUGCCCUACUGCCGCUUCCGCCCCAUGGCCUCGUGCCUCUCCACCGUCUGGACCUGCAUCAUCAUCGUCUGCAAGAUGCUCUACCAGCUCGAGGUCGUGGACCCCCGCCAGUACCUGAGCAACUGCACCCAGCCCCUACCCAACAGCACCAACCUGACCCCAGAGGAGCUGGGCAACUCCACGCUGUACCGCGGCCCCGUGGACCCUGCCAACUGGUUCGGCAUCCGGAAGGGCUUCCCCAACUGGGGAUACGUCAAGAACCACCUGCAGGUGCUGCUGCUGCUGGUGCUGGAGGCCGUGGUGUACCGGCGCCAGCAGUACCACCGCAAGAAGCACCAGCUGGUGGCCCCCGUCACCGAGACCGUCUUCGAGGACAUCUCCCGCCAGCACCUCGACCUCGGCCUCGUCAGCUGCGCCAAAUACUUCAUCAACUACUUCUACUACAAGUUUGGUUUGGAGAUCUGCUUCCUGAUGAUGGUGAACGUGAUCGGGCAGCGGAUGAACUUCCUGGUGAUCCUGCACGGCUGCUGGCUCGUGGUGAUGCUGACGCGGCGGCGGCGCGCGGCCAUCGCCCGCCUCUGGCCCAAGUACUGCCUCUUCCUCCUCAUCUUCUUCCUCUACCAGUACCUGCUGUGCCUGGGGAUGCCACCCGCCCUCUGCAUGGACUAUCCGUGGCGCUGGAGCCACACCAUUCCCCUCAACUCGGCGCUCAUCAAGUGGCUCUACCUGCCCGACUUCUUCCAGCCCCCCAAAUCCACCAACCUCAUCAAUGACUUCAUGCUGCUGCUGUGCGCGGCCCAGCAGUGGCGCGUCUUCGAGGCCGAGCGCUCCGAGCCGUGGCUGCAGGCGGCCGGGGACAACUCGGAGCGGCUGGACCGGGAGCAGGACCGCCACAACCCCACCCCAAACUUCAUCUACUGCAGGUCCUACCUGGACAUGGUGAAGGUGGUGGUGUUCCACUACUUCUUCUGGGUGGUGCUGGUGGUGGUUUUCAUCACCGGCAGCAACCGCAUCAGCCUGUUUGGCCUGGGCUACGUGCUGGCCUGCUUCUACCUGCUGCUCUCGGGCAGCGCCAUGCUGCGCAAGCCGGCCCGCGCCCGCCUGGCGCUCUGGGACUGCCUCAUCCUCUACAACAUCACCGUCAUCGUCUCCAAAAACAUGCUGUCGCUGCUGUCCUGCGUCUUCGUGCAGCAGAUGCAGAGCAGGUUCUGCUGGGUGAUCCAGCUCUUCAGCCUCGUCUGCACUGUCAAGGGCUACUACAACCCCAAGGCGAUGCACAAGGACCACGACUGCACGCUGCCCGUGGAGGAGGCCGGCAUCAUGUGGGACAGCAUCUGCUUCUUCUUCCUGCUGCUCCAGCGCCGCAUCUUCCUCAGCUCCUACUACCUGCACGUCAUGUGGAACCUCCGAGCCUCUGCCCUGCAGGCUUCCAGGGGUGUGGCGCUGUUCAAGGCCAGCAUCAUGAAGAGCCUGCGCUCGCACCAGCUAGCCGAGAAGAGGUCACUGGACCAGCUGAAGCGGCAGAUGGAGCGGAUCCGAGCCAAGCAGCAGAAGUACCACCAGGAGCAGACCACCAGCCCGGAGCAGGAAGGGGCAGCGCCCGGCAGCCCGGCAGACCCGUCCCGGCAGAGGCAGCGCUGGUGGCGGCCGUGGUUAGACCACGCCACAGUGCUGCAUUCCGGGGAAUACUUCCUCUUCGAGUCGGACAGCGAGGAGGAGGAGGAGGCGCAGGAGGAGCUGCGGCCGGGGAGGCUGAGCGCCUUCCAGCUCGCCUACCAGGCCUGGGUGACCAACACCAGGACGGUGCUGCGGCAGCAGGAGGAGCCCGAGCAGCCACGGCCACCCAGUGCCAACGGCGCUGCAGGGGAUGACACAAGGAGAGAGGUGGAGGCUGCCGAGGGGGCUGAAGGCCGGGAGGAAGAGAACGUGGAAAGUUCUGAGCGUGGCAACGUCUUGCAGCGGGCACUGAACACGCUGAGGUUCCUGUGGCUGCUGUGCCAGGCCCUGGUGGAUGGGCUGACCAAGUGGUUGGACACCCAGAACCGGGAGCACACGGACAUGUCCCACGUGCUGUGCCUCGAGAGAUUCGUCAUGGCACAGCGCCUGGCCAGGGGAGAGGAGAUAAACGAGGAGUUCCCUGAUGAGCUCUACGAGCUGCCCCCGGAGGAGUUCCCGCAGGAGCCGAGCCCGCCCGGCUCCUUGGCUGCGGAUUCCCAAAGCGGCACUUCCAGCCAGGAGGACGUGGCUGAUGCCCAGCAGUUCCUGGCCCUUCCCCAGCAGCGCCGGCGGACCGCCAGUGAGCUCCUCAGGAGCAGGAGGUUGUAUGUCUCCGAGCUGGAGGAGUCGGAGCAGUUCUACCAAUCCCACAACCGGUUCCUGAAGCUGCUGCUGGCCGGGUACCGCUGCGUCACCGGCCACUCCGACCUGCUCUGUUACUUCACCAUCAUCCUCAACAACAUGGUCACAGGCUCCGUCAUCUCCCUCUUCCUGCCCAUCCUUAUCUUCCUCUGGGCCAUGCUUUCCAUCCCCCGGCCCACCAAGCGCUUCUGGAUGACCGCCAUCCUCUUCACCGAGAUGACGGUGGUGGUGAAAUACCUCUUCCAGUUUGGCUUCUUCCCCUGGAAUGGCUACAUCACCCUGCUGCGCUACGAGGGCAAGCCCUUCUUCCCACCACGCAUCCUGGGCUUGGAGAAGUCCAUCCACUACAUCAAGUAUGACCUCCUGCAGCUCCUGGCCCUCUUCUUCCAUCGCUCCCUGCUGCUGUCCUAUGGGCUGUGGGACCAGGAGAAGACGACGGAUGAGAAGCAGGAGAGCAAGGAAGGGGAGGAGAAGCCAGAGGAAGCCGUGUCCUCAGCAUCAGCAGUGGCUGAGGAAGGGCUGGAGGCUCCAGCCCAGCCAGGAGCACUGGGAGCAGCCACGGGGCUGGAGCUGGAGCCAGAGGGCGAGUCUGUGGAGCAGGAAGAGGAGACUGAGACCACGCAGCUCCGCUUCAGGAGGAAGCAGGGGAGGAAGACGCUGGAGGUGGUUCCAGUGGAAGGGGGUGAGGAAGAGGAGGAGGAGGAGGUGUCAGAAGAGAGCCACGCUCAAAGGAAGCUGAAGGCGUUUGGCUUGCGGGUCAAGGGCUUCAUCCUCACCAAGGCACAGUACAUGUACCAGCCCGUGUGCAAGUUCUUCCGGGACAUCCUGGACACGCAGAGCCGUGCAGCCACCGACGUCUACGCCUACAUGUUCCUGGCUGACGUGGUCGACUUCAUCAUCAUCGUCUUCGGCUUCUGGGCCUUUGGGAAACACACGGCGGCCGCUGACAUCACCUCCUCGCUGUCGGAAAACCAAGUGCCGGAGGCUUUCCUGUUCAUGAUGCUCUUCCAGUUCAGCACCAUGGUCAUCGACCGCGCGCUCUACCUCCGCAAAACGGUGCUGGGCAAGCUCAUCUUCCAGGUCACCCUGGUCUUUGGCAUCCACGUCUGGAUGUUCUUCAUCCUGCCCUACGUCACCGAGAGGUUGUUCCGCCAAAACAUGGUGGCCCAGCUGUGGUACUUUGUGAAGUGCAUCUACUUCGGGCUGUCGGCCUACCAGAUCCGCUGUGGCUACCCCACCCGCAUCCUGGGCAACUUCCUCACCAAGAAAUACAACCACCUCAACCUCUUCCUCUUCCAGGGGUUCCGCCUCGUGCCCUUCCUGGUGGAGCUGCGGGCCGUCAUGGACUGGGUGUGGACGGACACCACGCUGUCCCUUUCCAACUGGAUGUGCGUGGAGGACAUCUACGCCAACAUCUUCAUCAUCAAGUGCAGCCGGGAGACUGAGAAGAAAUACCCCCAGCCCAAGGGGCAGAAGAAGAAGAAGGUGGUGAAGUAUGGCAUGGGCGGCCUCAUCAUCCUCUUCCUCGUGGGCAUCAUCUGGUUCCCGCUGCUCUUCAUGUCCCUGGUGCGCUCCGUGGUGGGCAUCAUCAACCACCCCAUCGAUGUCACCGUCAACCUCAAGCUGGGGGGGUACGAGCCUCUGUUCAGCACGAGCUCCCAGCAGCAAUACAUCCAGCCCUUCACCUCUGAGGAAUACGAUGAGCUCACCAAAGAGUUUGAGAGCGAGCCGGUGGCCAUGCAGUUCAUCAGCCUCUACGGCAUGGAGGACAUCGUGACUGCCCGCGUCGAGGGCAGCUCGGGCUCACUGUGGAGCAUCAGCCCCCCCAGCCGCGAGCAGAUGCGGCUGGAGCUGCAGAACGGCUCCUCCGACAUCACCCUGCACCUCACCUGGAUCUUCCAGAGGGACCUGAACAAGGGGGGCACGGUGGAGAACGCCUACGGCAAACACGACAUGGACCUGGCGCCCGGCGCGCCCCAGCGCCUGGAGCUGGCCCAGCUGCUGGAUGGCACCAGGGAUAAGCCUGUGGUAUUGCCAAACCUCUUCCCCAAAUAUAUCCGGGCGCCCACUGGCAGCGAAGCAGAACCCAUCAAGCAGCUGCUGCCAGAUGACUUGGACAGCUACCUGGACGUGGAGGUGCAGCUGAAACGGGAGCGCAGGGGCUCCGGCCGCGGGGAGCACUUCGUGGAGUGGUGGGUGCUGAGGCAGAAGGACGCGCCACCCCAAGAGGGCAACAUCCUCCCCAUGAUCAUCUUCAACGACAAAGUCAGCCCGCCCAGCCUGGGCUUCCUGGCUGGCUACGGGAUCAUGGGGCUCUACGUGUCCAUCGUGCUGGUGAUUGGCAAGUUCGUGCGGGGCUUCUUCAGCGAGAUCUCCCACUCCAUCAUGUUCGAGGAGCUGCCCUACGUGGAUCGCAUCCUGAAGCUGUGCCACGACAUCUUCCUGGUGCGGGAGACGGGCGAGCUGGAGCUGGAGGAGGAGCUCUACGCCAAGCUCAUCUUCCUCUACCGCUCGCCCGAGACCAUGAUCAAGUGGACACGGGAGAAGAAUUAAGGGGAAGGGGCUCCAGCCUCCCCCUGACAGGGACAUCACCGCCAAUGCCUUAAGCAGCCCCCCGAGCUGGGGCCGCAUCCCGGCCCGGGAGGCAGUGGGAUGUGGGGUUCUGGGCACUCCCGUGGAGGGAGGAUGUUUCUCUGGAGGUUUUUCUUACAUUGCUUUGAAGGUGUCCGACCUGCACAGACCACGUUGUGCCUUCCCGGGGAGGGGGGACAGGAGGUGGUCCCCCCACCGACUGGGCACUGCUGGCUGCCAGGUGGGGAUGGGGAGGUCAAGAGCCAGCCCGUGCCCCCUCCCUGCCCCAGCCCCGCUCCAGAACCAGGUUGAAUUCAAGCAAUAUCCCCCCCACAGCUCCAGGAUGGGGGUCCUGGGUUAUGGCCCCCCAUGUUUGAGAGGGGGUCUGGCAGCCCCAGUUGGACUUUAGACACUUGUGACUUUGGGUUUGAUUUUUUUAAAAUAAUUCAAAUGUUUUAUUUAUACAGAUACCGAAUAAAACAAACUUGAGGCC